AUGGUCAAGAUGACCAAGUCCAAGACCUUCCAGGCCUACCUGCCCAGCUGCCACCGCACGUAUAGUUGCGUGCACUGCAGAGCGCACCUGGCCAACCACGACGAGCUCAUCUCCAAGUCAUUUCAGGGCAGCCAAGGAAGAGCGUACCUGUUUAACUCUGUGGUAAACGUGGGUUGCGGUCCGGCCGAGGAGCGGGUUCUCCUCACGGGUCUUCACGCCGUGGCCGACAUCUACUGUGAAAACUGCAAAACCACUCUGGGCUGGAAAUACGAGCACGCCUUCGAGAGCAGUCAGAAGUACAAAGAGGGCAAGUUCAUCAUCGAGCUAGCUCACAUGAUCAAAGACAACGGAUGGGAGUGA